AUGGAUUCUAAGAAAAAGCAAUAUGUCAUCUUUAAUGAUGCCAAUGUCAAUGCUGCAUCAUCAUCGAAAGCCGCACCUGAUCCUGAAGUCAAGACACAAGCUCUUGAAAUUGUUGCAAGAUUCCAUUUCUUGGUUGACUCCUACAUGGUUGAAAGCGCUGGAAACUCUAUUGACAAAUGGAACAACGUGAGUUCAAUCGUUGCUACAGGAUUCAAUAGAAUGAGACAGGGAAUCAAUGCAUGCGGUGGACUAAGAGCCAAGUUGCCUGAUGGUGCGGAAAUUCCUGGAACGGGAAAAGCAGCUGGACCUCCGACAAAAAGAGUCAAGACAGCUGAAGAAGUAGAUGAUCCCAUGGGAGGCGAACCUUCAGUGCAAACCACCAUCGUUGGGACUACCUAUGAGAAAAUGAACAGAGAUUUCAUUACAAUCAUGGAGAAUGUCUCAAAACAAAAGAAAGUUGAGUUGCAGAAAUCCAAAAUAAUGGGAACAACUGCCAGCAUCCUUUCUCUGUUCACAAGCUUCAGCCAAAGAAUGAAUGAAGUCAUGUAUCCAAGCAUGGAAGUCCAAGUCGGAAUGAAUAAUGGAACCGUCAAGGUCAUGAAACUUUCGCAGUAUGGCUACACAGAUGGACAUCAGCAUUUGAUUUCUGGAAUCUCCAUGUCUCCAGUUCAGCGGUUAGUCCAGAUUCAAUCCUUGGGACCAGGAACAAUCAUGUUGGGUUUGAUAACUUCUCCAAAUAGCAUUUAUUCCAAGAAGUGGAAAAGUGCAUUUGUCAAAUGCUUUGGAUUGAUCGAUGGUGCAGCCGAGCUUGCUAAUGAGUUGUUGGGAAGUAGACUUCCGAGAUCGGAUCUAAUCCACUACGUGGCUACAGCAGCAGCAUUGGGAUUGUGUCGCGUUGGAAACAAGGCAUAUAUUCCCUUCGCUCUCGUCAAUGCUGUUCUUGGUGACAAGCAAAACUACAGCUCUGCAUUGACUUACAAGUUCCCUGCAUCCAUGAUGGAUUCGCCAUACUUCAAGAUGGAUUUCUCGGGAAAAGGAUUAUGGAGAUUCCUUAAUGCUGCUGCAGGAAAGAAAGUCGUCAUCAAGGGACCGAAGGAGAUGGAAGAAGUUGUUAUCCAUGGAAUGCUUGGAACGCACUUGAAUGACUUGAGAGUUGUGUCAUGGAUGACCGGGAUGGACUUCAAGCCGAGGUCAGCUUAUCCUUCCUUUGCCAAGAGAUCUGAAAUGGCCAACAAGGAGAUAACACUCCCAAAAUUCAAGUUUGUCUUCAAACUCCUGAGUGCCUCUGCGUCUGCAUCGGGAUCAAGCGGAAAAGGACAGGAUUUUAGGUUGCCUGUUUUCGCCGGAAGAGUGCAUUCCAAGAUUGGUCCCCAGAACAGUUUGUUCCGAAUUCUUGAAGAGGAAGGAUCAAAAAGCGCUGUUUCAAGUGCAACAGCUGUAGAGAGAUUCAAGGCCCACAUCACCAAGGUUGCUGAGAGAGUUAAGAAGGCAGGAUUCAUCAAUCUAGGAACUACUCCCUUUUACAAGAACAAAGAUGGUGAGGAUCCAUAUGGAGAAGAAGUUGAUUUCCCUUCAACUGGAGAUUCGUUGUUCUUCCAUGGCCGUUGA